AUGCUCCUCCUUCCUAUCCACAAGAUACUCAUCACGAUCCUCCUCUUACUCGCACUCUGUUCUGCCGCCGAAGAUAUCUCCAGCGAUGCAUCGAACUCAGCUCUGUAUGACAUGGUCCCAGACUGUGCUAAGGACUGUGUUGAUAGCUUCAUCAAGUCCGAAUACACACCCAUGGAAUGCACUUCACCGUCCAAUAUCAAGUGCCUUUGCCGCACUAGAUCAACUAGUGGCUUGACACUGGGUGAAGCGGCUUUGAGCUGUGUUCUGUCUGUAUGCUCACAGACGGCUAUCGCAAAGUCAAAGGCUUAUCAUAUGUGCGACUCGGUAUCUGAAGCUCUUCCGAAAACGCACCAGACAAUUACCGCAACAGUAUUUGCUGAUAUAAGUACAACCAAGACGAGUGACGAAAAAACUACCACAGAGGCAACAUCAACUAGCUCCACUCGAAGUUCGAUAAACGAACACAUUUCAGGCGCUUCUGUGACAACUGCUGCAGUGACAUCAACACCGACGUCAACUACUUCCAGCCAAACAUCCGAGAUCACAUUCUACGUUGCUUCUUCAUCUUCAGAGUCUCAAGUGGGACCAACUUCCUCUAUUGGACAAAAUUUUAGCGACUCUUCUGAAGAUACGAAUAAGAAAGCCAGUCAUGCUAUGACUCCAGCGGCGAUCAUUGGAAUGUCGGUGGCAUCAGGUGUGGCAGGGUCUUUCAUCAUCGGCGUUGCUGUGUUUUUCUGCUGCAAGAGAUGGAGACGAAAACAGCGGGAACAAGCAGCGCCACAUAAUUUCGAGAUCGGAGGUGCCAUGUCUGAGCCUUCUGACUUUUCGAAGCCAAUGCCACGGCUUCCAACAGACGGUUUAGGUAUAGGGUCUUCAUACAGCCCAGCGAGUGAGCGCGAGACAGUGUCACAACAGCCGCGUACUUUCCAUUCAAUGGCCACCGGUCAAUCGCUAUCACGAUACUCAUCUCAAUCCGCCGCAGCAUACCACUCGGGCCAGAACAAAAAGCACAGAGAUCAAGAACGAAUAGGGUUUGCCAUCAGCUCCGAAUCGGACUGGGAAGCUUCGCCUCGGACACAAUCGUCACAGCACAGCGUAGCACGACUACUACCAGAUCCUACAGCUGGACUAUACCCAAAGCCGCUGAAGUGGAGUCAUCGGCCACCUAGUGGGGAGACUCUCUUUGAAGAAGACGAAAGUCAACAAGUAGCGGGAGCGGUGACGAUGCAUAAUAACUCCCCAAGGCUAGGGAUCCGGCCAAAACUCGCAGGGCUGCCAUCCAAUCCACGCGCAUUUAAAGAAGGAUUCUCAACACGCAACUUGAAACGAGGAUCCGGGACCCUGAGUACCCUAACACCACCAUUCAAUCCUAGCCCAGCUUUCCAAACCCCCUCAUCGGACAGGGGCGCUGCACCCAGCGAAACACCCGAAACCCCACAGAAUGACUACUCCUCCUCAAACCCAAAAACCCUCCUCGCUGCCUCCGUCGGCACUAUCCAGACCCAGACUCAGAACCGUAGCCUGUCACCGGGACGACAGGCGCUUCCACCCUGCCCAGUCCCAUCAUCAUCAAACCUCCCCCUAGGCUCGGAGAUAGUAUCCAAGCCGCGGAUAGUACGUGGAAACGACAUCAAACGUGUCCAGAUACGCAACAGUCCACGACCUCCCAGUGAAGUCAUCGCGCCGUACUGCCCAGACGACUUAUGGUUGGAGCGUGGACGCGCCCUCGCGCCACCGAAGUCCCGAGAACCGUCUGGGGAACUACCUUAUCCUUCAGAUAUGUAUCAGGGUGCCGUGCAUUAUCCGGAUAGUCCGAGCAAGAAGGCCGGCGCUGUGUCAAAUCGAAUUUCUCCGACUAGUCGAAAUUUGACGCCGUCGAGGAGGGGCGAUGAUUUGAUUCUUAGUGUUGAUUAG